AAGAAGUGUGCGGAAAACGAGCGGUGUGUAUUCCAUCGAGUGAGCAAAGAAUUGUUUCUCGUGUCUAAGUUUAACUGAACAUCGCAAAAUAUGUCCACGGUCGCAAGCGCCUUAGCUCUAGCCGGAAACCGGUCGUCCGGAGCACCAGUCCGCACACAGAAUGUGAUGGCUGCCAGCUCAAUCGCCAACAUAGUGAAAUCUUCGCUCGGUCCCGUCGGGCUAGACAAGAUGUUGGUAGACGAUAUCGGCGAUGUGACGGUCACUAACGAUGGUGCGACGAUUCUAAAGCUCCUCGAGGUGGAACACCCGGCCGCGAAGGUGCUGUGUGAGCUGGCCCAGCUGCAAGAUGAAGAAGUAGGAGAUGGCACCACCUCGGUUGUGAUUAUCGCUGCCGAACUUUUGAAAAAUGCCGACGAACUCGUCAAACAGAAGAUUCAUCCGACGUCCAUCAUCGCCGGGUACCGGUUGGCGUGCAAGGAAGCGUGCAAAUACAUCUCCGAACAUCUGACAGCGCCGGUCGACGAACUGGGCCGGGAAACGCUCGUGAACGUAGCCAAAACAUCGAUGAGCUCCAAGAUCAUCGGUGCCGAUGCGGACUUCUUCGCCGCGAUGGUGGUCGAUGCUGCACAGGCCGUGAAGAUUCUCGACCCGAAGGGAAACCCGGCCUACCCGAUCAAGGCGGUCAAUGUGCUGAAGGCGCACGGAAAGUCGGCCCGCGAAAGCGUGCUGGUCCAGGGGUACGCACUGAACUGCACGAUCGCAUCGCAGCAGAUGCCGAAAAAGAUUGUCAACGCAAAGAUUGCGUGUCUGGACUUUUCGCUGCAAAAAACCAAGAUGAAGAUGGGCGUGCAGGUACUCAUUACGGAUCCGGAGAAGCUCGAGGGUAUUCGUGCCCGAGAGCUGGACAUCACGAAGGAAAAGAUCGAGAAGAUCCUUGCUACGGGAGUGAACGUGGUGCUGUGCAGUGGCGGAAUCGAUGAUCUGUGCUUGAAGUACUUCGUUGAGGCCGGCGCCAUGGCUGUGCGACGCGUGAAAAAGUCCGACCUGAAGCGUAUCGCUAAGGCCACCGGUGCCGCGUACCUUACUUCCCUCACAAACAUGGACGGCGAGGAGAGCUUCGACGCUGGCUACGUCGGAGAGGCCGCCGAGGUGGUGCAGGAGUUCAUCUGCGACGACGAGCUGAUCCUUAUCCGUGGCCCAAAGGCACGCACGGCCGCUUCUAUCAUCCUGCGCGGUCCGAACGAUUUCUACUGCGACGAAAUGGAACGCUCUGUCCACGAUGCACUUUGCGUAGCGAAGCGAGUGCUGGAAGGCAAGAAGGUUGUUGCCGGUGGUGGAUGCGUUGAGGCGGCUCUCUCGAUCUAUCUGGAAAACUUUGCCACCUCCCUGAGCUCCCGCGAGCAGCUGGCAAUUGCCGAGUUUGCCAAAUCGCUGCUCGUUAUCCCGAAAACACUCGCCGUCAAUGCGGCCAAGGAUGCUACGGAUUUGGUGGCGAAGCUACGCGCCUACCACAACUCCAGCCAAACCGUGGCCGAUCAUGCCCAGCUGAAGUGGUACGGGCUGGACCUGAUCGAAGGUGUGGUGAAGGACAACAAGAAGGCGGGCGUCCUGGAGCCGGCAAUGUCGAAGAUCAAAUCGCUCAAGUUCGCCACCGAGGCAGCGAUCACGAUUCUACGAAUCGACGACAUGAUCACGCUGAACCCGGAAGAGAAGGGGGGAAAGAACUACGGCGAUGCUUGCGCAGCCGGCGAGCUCGACGGUUAGUUCGUGCGCUCGUUGUUGUGAUCAGUAUGAAGCCGCCUUCAGCAUCAAUGCUCCGUAUUUUAAGCUUACUAACAACGGUUCAUCUUUUGCCCGACCAUUGAAUGGUCGUGCUGUGAGCAAUUCUUUUGCACCCCUCUUACGUUUGUCUCAACCCUAACACACCGUUUCAUCAUUUACACAUUCACUCGCAAAUGGCAACACAAACUCAUAUUAUUCUUACAAUUUAAUAUGUUUCACUUGUAUGCAUUUGUCUUCUCGCGUGAAACAUUACACGAAUAAAAUAUUAACUAUAUA